AUGUCCGAUAGCAAAGAAAAUAUUAUUACGAACGCUUUGCCUAACGAAGUAUCUGAAAAACUACCCAAAUUACCUAUCUCACAACAGAAAGAAAGAAUUAAAAAUGCUAAGAAACAAACAAAAAACUCAAAAAAGAAAGUAAAAGAAGUAAAGAAACAACAAAAACAAGAAAUCAAGAAGGCUAAAAAAGAUAUGAAAGAAACCAAAAAAGUAGAGAAAGAGACAAAGAAAUUAGCCAAAAAAGAGUUAAAAGAUGAAAAAAAAAUGACUAAAGGAUUAGUUAAAGCUGACAAAAAAGAAGCUAAAAUUUCUUCUAAAGCUAUUAAAGAUGUUAAACAAAAUGCAAAAAAAGCCGAUCUCAAUUGA